AUGAAAUUGCUCUGUUCCAUUUUUGUUGGCAUCGCAACAAUUGUCUUCACUGCUCUCAAGUUCAAUCCAGACUUGAAUAUCCGUGUCGACUUUGACCUUCUAAAAGACUUCACUUCGCGACUACAAGCCUACUACACUACGGCAACUGCCAAAGAACCCAUUCCACCAACUAUUCCUACCGACCCUAUCACCCUCAAAAUGUCCGUGCCCCGCACAAUCCGCACUGCCUUCCUCGCAGUUGAGCAAGCCGAAGGCGCAGGCGCGCGCGUUCGCCGCUCAAUCGGCACUGCAAAGCUCCGCAAUUUCUCGCCCUUCCUCAUGCUCGACCACUUCACCAUUGGCAAGGGCGCCGGCUUCCCGGACCACCCCCACCGCGGGCAAGAAACAAUCACCUACCUGCUCUCAGGCGGCGUCGACCAUGAAGAUUUCGCAGGGAACAAGGGGACCAUUGGGCCCGGCGACCUGCAGUUCAUGACGGCCGGCAAGGGAAUCAUGCACGCGGAAAUGCCGCACGAGAACCCCGACGGCAGUCCCAAUGUCGGCAUGCAGUUGUGGGUUGAUCUACCCAAGACGCUGAAGAUGUGCGAGCCGCGGUACCGCGAUCUGAGGGCCAGCGAGAUCCCUGUUGCGAAUGUCGACCAGGGCCGUGUUACCGUUAAGGUUAUUUCGGGCCAGAGCCAUGGUGUUGACUCCGUUCGCGAUUUGGCAUAUACCCCUGUUUGGCUCCUUGAUAUGACUAUUAAGCCUGGUGGCCGGAUCUCACAAGUGCUCCCGGUUGGGUGGAAUGCGUUUGCUUAUACGUUAUCGGGCAACACAGUGUUUGGGUCGCGGGACUCGACGCAGCUGGUAAAGCAGUUCCAUAAUGUUGUUUUCGACCAGGCAGGAGAUUAUGUCGAGGUUUCGGUGCCGGAUAAUGCCGAGGAGGAGUCGAGGAUUAUCCUUGUUGCUGGGCAGCCGCUGGACCAGAAGGUUGUGCAAUAUGGACCAUUUGUGUUGACGAGUCAGGAGGAGGUUUACCAAGCUAUGCUUGAUUACCAGACUGGUUCGAAUGGAUUCGAGAAAGUCCGCGGAUGGGCGAGCGAGAUUGGGAAGCGGAUGGCGGGUCACUAG